AUGUAUGCAAUAGCAGUAUUCUUAACAUAUAAUCUACAGUUUUAUGUGCCAUUUUCACUUCUCUGGCCUCGACUUUCUCGUAAAGUUCUUUAUAAAUAUGGUGAAGACACGAUUGAAAAAUUCGAACAUGCCUUUCGUAUUGGACUCAUCUUUAUCACUUGCGGCAGUUGGAAAGGAGAAUUUGACGAAACAGAUCUCGAGGCAACUCUUACAUCGAAUACUGAACUUCCAGAGAGAAAUCCGUCCGAAAUUUCACGAUCAAACGAAGAAUCUAAAAUAAUGAGGGAAACGAACGAUGAUUUGGAUGAUGAUUGGGAAUCUUGGCCAUAG